GUGGAUGUCCAUCUCUAGUUUUGACUAAGAAAGAAGUGGUCGAAGCACAAAAAUCUACUUCAUACGUCACUGACAUUGUCUUUAAAGACGAAGAUCUCAUGUUGGGUGCUACUCCCCAUAAUCGUCCGUUUUUUGUUGAAGGAUACACUCGUGGACAAAGAUUCAAAAGAAUUAUGAUUGAUCAAGGGUCUGCCGUUAACAUUCUGACGGUUCGAGCUAUGAAAGACCUCGAUAUAUCAAUGGAUGAACUCUCCCAAAGCCGCUUGAUGAUUCAAGGCUUCAAUCAAGGGGGGCAAAGGGCGAUUGGAAUGAUACGUCUUGAUUUGAUCAUCGGCGGACUGAAGGCAAACACUCUAUGCCAUGUGAUUGAUGCAAAGGCUUCAUACAAUCUCCUUUUAGGACGCCCAUGGAUCCAUGAGAACGGUGUAAUUCCUUCAACGUGGCACCAAUGCUUCAUGUAUGAAGAAAAUGGCGUUGUAAAGAAGGUAGUGGCCGAUGAAACUCCGUUUACAGAAGCCGAGACGUACUUUGCAGAUGCGAAGUUUUACAUAAAGACCAAAGUUUCUAAAGAAGACGGUGCUGGACAAGAGGAAACAUAUCGCCCCUUGAUUGAACCAAAGUUGAAAGGGAAACUUGUUGAAGGCAUAGAAAGGCUUACAUUCCCUCUUGCAAAGAUUGAGAUAUCAAGGCCUCCUCAAAACACAUCUGAGGAUGAAGUGAAAAACGAGAAUGAUGUUAAAGCAUUUCAUCUCCCUAAAGCACGCACAAAUGAAGGAUUUGACCCAAACACAUACAAAUUUCUGGCCAAGGCUGGGUCUAAUCCUAAUGAACAAAAGUUGGGAAAACUCAUCCCGGAGGCUGGUGGAGAAGGAACACCGAAUCAAAUAAAUUUACGAGGACACAUUGGAUUGGGUUAUGUUCAACCUAAACCUAUAAAGAUCCUCAUAAAUAGAGCCGCAAUACAUCAUACCAGUGCUGAUGAAGAAGAUGAAGUGACUUCUAAACCGAAGUCUUCUAUCUUUGAUCGGAUUGGGUGGGCAAGAUCAAGACCCGCCAUCUUUGGCAGAAUGGGGCCAAAGCCAAAGAAGAUCAUAAAGAAGACUUUACAAGAACGUCUUGGUAUGGGCCCGAUGAUAGUGAAACACGCUGAAGACCCAUGCAUGGGACAAAACUUCAAAAGAAAGCAUGUUCAUGAAAGAUUGGGAUUGAAACGUGAAUGCAAUGCAUCUGCUAAAGUUCAAUUCGAAAAGCAAAGUCUUAAUGAGUAUAGAAGUUUUAUCCCAUCUCUUAUGAAGCGAGAAACUAAUGUGAAAGUGACCUACGGAAGUGCACUUAAAGUCAAGCCAGUGACCAUUGUGCACACUCGUGGUCAAUAUGAAGACCAAUAUCAAGAUUUAGUACCCUUGAUGUCGGGGUAUAAAUAUGUCAAAUGAAACGUUGAAUUCCUUAAACCACCAAUGAUGUUGUAAGUGGCUAAACUGCUAAAACAUCUCACUUUGUUUAUGGGUGAGCAUAAUCAUAGACACUCUUGGCCCACGAGAGUUUAAAAUGUGUACGGCAAGCUCCUGGCCCGCAUGAGUUAAAACUGUGUAUGGCACCCCACCUCUUUUUAGACUACCAAUUCAAAUGGUACCUAUGAACUACGUUUGACUUGAUCUCCUUCAUAGGAGUACGUAGGCAGCUCAAAAGUUUCAUUUUUGAGUUCAGUUAUAACAAAACAAACCCCAAUUAAGUUUUAUCUAAAGGAAGGAUAUCAAAGGGAGGAUUAUGAAAAAAAAAACAGAUAAAAUCAACUGACCGUUUGAAAAAAAGGCCAGACUCUCAGAAUUCUUAGGUCUCCUCCUCACCGGAAAUGGUUUUAAUUGAUAAUGUCUUUUAUCAGCGCCAUCGUCCUAACAACGGAGCAAAUGGUGCUGACAAUCAGCAAAACUGCACGAGUCUCGAGAUGCAGACAUCAUUAGAACUCUCAAUUUGUUAGCAAGUAAUGCUUUGAGUAACCUGCAAUGGAACUAGCUCCUUCGUUUUCCUCUUCUUUGAAUGACCUGCGGUGGAACUAUCUCCUUCAUUGUCCUCUUCUAUGAAUGACCUGCGACGGAACUGGCUCCUUCAUUGUCCUCUUCUUUGAAUGACCUGCGACGGAACUGGCUCCUUCAUUGUCCUCUUCUUUGAAUGACCUGCGGUGGAACUGGCUCCUUCAUUGUCCUCUUCUUCGAACGACCUGCGAUAGAACUGGCUCCUUCAUUGUCCUCUUCUUUGAACGACCUGCGAUGGAACAGACUCCUUCAUUGUCCUCUUCUUUGAACGACCUGCGAUAGAACUGGCUCCUUCAUUGUCCUCUUCUUUGAACGACCUGCGAUGGAACAGACUCCUUCAUUGUCCUCUUCUUUGAACGACCUGCGAUAGAACUGGUUCCUUCAUUGUCAUCUUCUUUGAACGACCUGCGAUGGAACGGACUCCUUCAUUGUCCUCUUCUUUGAACGACCUGCGAUAGGACUGGUUCCUUCAUUGUCAUCUUCUUUGAACGACCUGCGAUGGAAUGGAAUCCUUCAGCGUCAUCUUCUUUGAGUAACCUGCGAUGGAACUAGCUCUUUCAUUUUCCUCUUCUUUGAACGCCCUGCGAUGGAUGAACGGCCUGCGAUGGAAUGGAACCCUUCAUUGCCUUCUUCUUUAAACGAACUGGCACCUUCUCAUCUUCCUCGUCGUAAUCAAUUGAACUUCUUCUUCUUGGCUAACGAAUGGCGACGACAAGUCUGAACGAGUAGGACAGUAGGCAGUAGCUUCUUCAAAGUCUUGAUGGUACCGACUAGCGUGGAAAUCCGAUCACCUGCCUCGGGACAGCGACAAAUCCCCGCCAUGCUUUAACCUUCUUGGAUCAGCUGUGAACCGUUGCAUCAACAAAAAUCCGGCAAUCGGUCAAAGCUCCCUCCUUUUCAAUGAAUGGCGUCACCUUCAAGAUACUUGAAACAGUAGAAUAUCGGACUCUCAAUUGCGUUGAACUAAUGCAUUAAAGACUUUAAGCGUUCGACGACUUGAUUGUCCCUGCAUUAAAAAAAGGGGUGCAUUGUUUUUUUUUUUAAAAUGAUUAAAAAGGAAAAAUAAAAUUCCUAAAAGUAUCAAAAAAAGAAAUCUCAGAUCUCCAACAGCCCAGUAUCUAAUACGGAGUAAAUGGGAAAGACAAACUGUGGAGCUCCAGCAAAUACGUAGCAGCGGCAAUCAGUCAUCUUCUUCGCACGCAAAAAUCAGAUGGCGAUCGAUCACCAUCUUCCCCGCCGGAAAUCAACAUCAAGCUCGUCCAGGCCUCCUUCUCCGACGGCGCCUUUCCUCUUCCAGGUACAGCGAGGAAUCCGAGCGACAAAUCAAAUUCCCCCUCUGGCCGAGAAUCAAUUUUGAGCUUGGGCAGACCUCCCGACAUUACUCCAGCCUUCAAUAAGUCAAUCACCAACUUCCGGCAACAAUAGCUAUGGUUACUCCCUCCAUGGUUUCUCGUCAACGGAGCCCGGUCAGGUCUUCUUCUCCUUCACGCAAGCCGCAACAGUCAACGGUCGCGGUUUCUUCCUUCAGCAAAUAGGCAGCAGCCUCAGACAACAAUUAAUUGUGCAGGGUAAUGGGGUAUAAGAGGAUAACGAAGCUCGUCCUCAUCAAAGUUUUAAUCAGAAAGUCGGCAACGGAAUAAGCCUGAUCCGUGUUAAUAAAACUGGAGCCAGUUGGUUAGUUUCUUCUUCUCCCAGGAACUGUCGAUCAGCCACUCUUCUUAUUCCUCAGCGAAACAUGCCUCCAGAAUAUCAAUAGAUGGGCCUCCAAGUCCUCUCACAAACUGAAUUUGAUCUCAUGACCAAGAAUUGCAUUCUGGUGCAACUGCUAUAAACUUCUAGAAAUUCCCCCUGCAAUUUGACAGAAGAAAAUAGAAGUUUAAUACGGAGUAAUAAAGAAGAUAAGAGCAAGUAUACCAGUCGAUUUGCUGGUCUUUCUUCCUAAGGCUUCUACCAAUUCUAAUACGGUGUAUCUAAGUGCAAUACGAAGCAGCAAAGGUCAAUAUUUAUAGAUAUGGAUGGUGGAGUUUGAAUCGAACUAAAAGUCUCCAAGCUCAUAAGACAAGCCGAUAAACAUCAAGGCAGAUGGAAAGAAUUGAAGUCCUAAUAAAAUGCUAAAGCUGAAACAAAAUAGAGUCCUUUUACCGGAGUAUUUGAUGGACAUCUUGCAAAAGUGUUUUUUAAGUGUACAUGGGCUAAUUUAAUAAAAUUAGCAACACGUUUGAGGAGAGAUUUUGGUCUACUUAUAUAUCGAGACUUACUUUUAUCUCUUCAAGAUUUUUAAGUAAGUCUCGAGGGGGCAUUUGUGGACAUUCAAAAUUAA